AUGUUUGUUGGAUUUGAUUUGGUCGUUAAGAAUGCUUGGGUCACCGUCUCCGGUAUCCUCGUUCUCAUGAGCAUUUCCAUGAUCGCCUUUUUGUAUUCGAGAGCUUUCAGACCCCAUAGGAAGCUUGAAAGGUCCAAUAGUCUGUCCGCACAGGAGCGCAAACGGUUCAAAACGCCUCGAUAUCUCAAGUCAAACGCGGAAUGGAUAUAUACGAAAGAGCUUGAAUUUUACAAAGAGCUUUAUUUCAAGCUUCAAAGUCUGGAGGAACACUCCGACACAAUACCAACGGCACGACAAGCCUUCCAAAUUCUGCUUUCACAAGCAUUGGAAGAUUCAGUCAAGGCACCUGGCACCAACAUACUGUCGAUCAAACAGUUCGACAAGAAGGAGCUUGCUCGCUUUCUCCAGAGCCAGCAAGAUGAUGUCACAAGUCAAUAUGAUCGGUAUAUAAGUCGCCGACGAUCCGGGGGUCCGCGUGAGCUUUUUCAAAAUCGACAGGAAGCCGGAGAUUGGCUGAGGGAGAUUGCACCGGUGAAAUUGGUUGACGGCGCUUGGCUGGGGCAUUUAAACAACAUCAAUAUGCCCUUCUCGUUGAGACAAAUCGUGAAGCAGACAUGGCAAGUGUUCACGGAGGAACUGGGAAAUGGCAACUGCGAGCAACAUCAUGUCAAGAUCUUCGAGAAUCUUCUGGGAAUUUUCGAACCCGAUUUGCCCUCGCCAACAACCAAGGCGAUUCUGCAUCCUCGAUACAGGCUAGGUAGCCUGAAAUAUUGGAGAGCAGCUGUGGCACAGCUGCUAGUGUCUCUCUUCCCGCAGGACUUUUUGCCUGAGAUUCUUGGAUUCAAUAUGCAUUUUGAAGCCCUGCAGUUAGAUACUUUACAAGCGGCGAAGGAGUUGCCGGAAGUUUGCCUCGACUCAUCUUAUUUCCUCCUCCAUAUUUCAAUUGACAACAGCCAUUCGGGUCACGCUGCCAUGGCUAUGGACGGCGUUGCAGACUACAUCGAACAUGUUGCGAAGACUGAGGGUGAGGUGGCUGCUGAAGUGGCAUGGAAAAGAAUCCAGGCAGGAUAUGUUUUCAGCGAGUGGCAGUUUCACAAAGGCGACCAAGUAACCAAUAUUCUUGAACAUCUUAAUGAUGACUCUCAUGAUCAACUCGAGUCAAAGGUUCUUGCGAUAUUCAGUUCAAAGAUCCAGGCUGCCCAUAGACUGCAUUGUGGCAGCCGCGUGAAGAUUGGAAAACGGUCACUAGCCGACUGGCUGGAUCCUGAAGCGUUCUCGUCUGAGGAAUGGCAACGGGAGUUUAUGCGAUGCUUGAGCACAUGUGAACCAUGGAUAUAUCAAGGUGACAGCCAGAGGAGCAAAUUGGUACAGGAGAUUCGAUGGGGAGGGAGAAUGUAUGGCUCAUUCACAAAGAGCGAACUCGAAGCACUUGAGCUUUGGAUCAACUCCCUAGGUUCUGACCGAAUCCCUUUUUAUUACUCUUUCAUCGAGCCCAUUGCACACUCACGGCAUCAACGAUCCAAGAGAUCAGACACCGACAACUGCGAUAAUCCUGUCCUUGCUGCUAGUAGCGAGAAUUUUGAAACAGAAAGUCCACUUCCUAAAGGCACAUUAAGGAAGCCUUCGGGAGACCUGACAACAAAUUUCAACCUGCCUUUCCUAUUACCACUCUGGUUCACGCAGUGCUGCCUCCUUGAGUCACUUUUGUAUGCCCCGGGGAGAACGAGCGACAAGAUUGGCUGCGCUGUGAUACGCUUCUUACGAGCUCAGUCCGGCUUCGAGACGGAGGACUUGCUCGUCACAGGGGCAGACGAGCCUACCACAACAGAGAAUGGAGGAAUAGUCGAAUUUGGUCUGGAAAUGAUUCUUCGAGCGUCCCUCCCCAUCCCUCAAGGUCUACAAAGUGUUCUCUCCCUUUGGCCGUCCGAGUUUGCCACAAAAAUGCUUAAAUUAUCUUCCAGCCCCAUUCGAAACUUUGGUGUUCUGUUGGGUAUCUCCAUGGCGUUUCUCGAGUUGCAGGAGAUGGUAUCAGAAGCUUCAGGCUCCAGCUUACUUUGCCCAAAGAGCAGUGAACGCCUUGCAUCGCUUGUUAGGAGGCAGUAUCAAUGUUUGCAAGUCUGUCUUCAGGAGAUUCCCGCCGGAGAUGCACGUCAUUUGGACUUCCACUAUGGGUAUGGCAUGGCGAAAGCGGAAAUUAAUAGAUGCUGCGACCCAACGUUGUGA